AAACAGCUGAUGAGAUAAACGGUAAAUCCGUCAACCGAAGUAUAGUAGACGCUUGUGUUUAUUUACAGCUUAUUAUCAACACACAGAGAUAUAAUUGUGGUUUAUCACAGGUGUCUUACUGAAGCACAAUGCCGGAGGUGAAGUCAAUGUUUCGAGAAGUUCUGCCUAAACAAGGUCAGCUUUCCAUGGAGGAUGUUCCCACUAUGGUCCUGUGCAAACCUAAACUGCUGCCUCUGAAGUCUGUGACUCUGGAGAAGCUGGAGAAGAUGCAGAAAGACGCUCAGGAGAUCAUCAGACAACAGGAACUGGCUUUGAAGGAGCAGCCGCCGUCUGAGAAGGCAGAGUAGUGUUCACUUCUGAAGGAUCAAGUACACGCUUCAUUCACAACCACAUACGCUGAAUAUAGUCAGUCAGAAUUCAAGGGUUUGAGUUUGGUAGAAUUCAUAUCUACGCGUGAGGUUAAUUAAUAUUUGUGUGUUCAAAUAAAUAUUAAAACAAGCUAUUUUUUAGAAAUGUUACAGAUAUCAGAUAGCUAAAAGCAACUGAAGUGAUUUCGAAAGUGGGCAUUUGUUAAAUAAAAUGGUUAUUAAAGUUAAUCCAUGAGAUUGGGAUUAUGCACAGGGUUUAUUCUUCAAGUUUUUUUAAAGACGUCCAACUUUGUAAAUGUUGUAUUUAAAUAAAUAUUUUAAAAGUAUA